CAGAGGAAGCAGAUGUUGAGGAGGCAAGCAAGGCUGCAAGGUCUUCCCUUUCAAAGGAGCAAGGGACAGAACUCAGGUUGAAGCAGUGGAAAGCGUGAAGUGCUAGACAAAGAGACUCUGAACUAAAAAGUGAAUGGAAGACUGUACAGCAGUGUGUUAAGUUUCAGGUUGUGUUGUUCAGCAAUGGUACACUGUGGAAAAAGACACAUCUCUACUGUUGUUGCGUGUAUCCUUAUAUUUGCAAGCAUUUUAAUCUGCUCCAGGAAAGGUACUCAUCUACAGAAUAAUAUAACUAGAAAAAUCUUCCUCCAGGCAACAACUGCCAGUCCAGCAGGUCACCUUUGCAGAGGAAAACUUGCUCAAAAUGCCAUAACACCCCUAAAAAACAACAAAACUUUUAUCAUUGCCCCAUACUUCGAUGAUAGAGAUAGCAAAGUCAUCCGUGUGAUUGGGAUUGUUCACCAUAAAGAUGUUAAAGAACUUUACUGCUGGUUCUGCUGUCAGCCUCAUGGUGAAAUACAGGUAACUAAUGCUGAAAUUGAUGUUCAUUCAGAUAGAUUUGGAUUCCCUUAUGGUGCAGCAGACAUAGUUUGUUUGGAACCCCAAAACUGUGAUCCAACACAUGUGUCGAUCCAUUGGUCCCCACAUGGAAAUAUUGACCAGCUGCCAAAGUUCGAAAUUAAAAAUCACAAGGCCGAGACAUUUUCUAUUGACUUCACUGUAUGCAUCUCUGCCAUGUUUGGAAAUUACAACAAUGUCUUGCAGUUUAUACAGAGUAUGGAGAUGUAUAAGAUUCUUGGGGUACAGAAAGUGGUGAUCUAUAAAAACAGCUGCAGCCAGCUGAUGGAGAAAGUCUUGAAGUUUUAUACGGAAGAAGGCACUGUAGAGAUAAUUCCCUGGCCAAUAAACUCACACCUCAAGGUCUCUUCUAAAUGGCACUUUUCCAUGGAUGCCAAAGAUAUUGGCUAUUAUGGACAAAUCACAGCUCUGAAUGACUGUGUGUAUCGUAACAUGCGGAGGAGCAGGUUUGUGGUUCUUAACGAUGCUGAUGAAAUAAUUCUUCCCCUUAAGCACCCAGACUGGAAAACAAUGAUGAGCAGCCUUCAAGAACAAAACCCAGGGACCGGAAUUUUCCUGUUUGAGAAUCAUAUCUUCCCUGAAACCAUAUCCACCCACACGUUCAACAUUUCGUCCUGGAAUACUGUGCCAGGUAUUAACAUAUUGCAACAUGUUCACAGAGAGCCGGACAGAAAAGAGGUUUUCAAUCCAAAAAAAAUGAUCAUCGACCCAAGAAAGGUGAUUCAGACUUCAGUCCACUCUGUCCUACGUGCUUAUGGGAAUAGCGUGAAUGUUCCCGUGGAUGUUGCCCUUAUUUAUCACUGUCGAGUGCCCCUCCAAGGAAACCUUCCCCGAGAGUCCCUCAUCAGGGAUACAACACUGUGGAGAUAUAACUCAUCAUUAAUCAUGAAUGUUAACAAAGUGCUGUAUCAAACGGUACUGUAAGCUCAAAAGUGAAACCUUGGUUGUAAGGAUGGAGAGUGGAGAGCUGCCCGACGCCCAUGGGGACAGGAUGGGGUUGGGAGGAGUCAGAGGAUUUUUCAUUUUGAAAAUGAAAACAAACAAAAAAAAAAUCAUCUUAUUGCAUAAAUCUCACACUGGAAGUAUUUUCAGAUGAAGAUCCUUGUAAAGCUUGGGGGAAACAUUUCUUUUAUGCACUGUAUAAGGGUAAAUGCAUUUUGUCUGUGACCUGAAAUAAGGCACCCAGUGCAGAUAAUUUCAAAACUAAAGAACUUGUAUUUGACCCUAGAAAAGCUCAAUUCUCAAUUGAGAAUUGAGAAUUGUCCUCAAUUCUCUGACUUGUAGAGUUGUCAGGGAAACUUUGGGAAAAACCUGAUGACACUGUUACAUGUCAUUGCAGGAUAUCUAAUUUUUUUUUUUUUUUUUUUUUUUUGAACUCAGGGAUUCAUCACUUUGGAGACAUAAUAUACGUCUGUCUUUAGUUACAAAAUUUAAGUACUGGGUAAACUAAGAUUUUAAGUGCAGCACUGAAACAAAGAGAGGCAUUGCAAUAAGCAUUUAACAUUAUGUUCUCCCCAAUGAUACACUGCAGAUUUAGGAUCAUCUAUUGUUCACACAAGGCAAAGCAUAAAAUUUAUGGCAAUCACCAUUAGAAAAUAUCUCAUCAAGAAUGUUCAUAGAACUUGGAGUUUCAAUUUGGACAUUAUCACCUGAAUGCCCACAGUAGCAGUUGCUGUCUCUAAGUCCAAACCCUGGGCUGUAAAAUUAUUAGAUAAAAAUGUUAGUGUGAAUGACUGGGUUUUAUGAUCAUGUAAUUAUUAGUUUCAUUUACUAUUUUUCAUUGGUUUGCAAUUUGCAAAUAUAAUGGCUCGUUUGUGCUUCUGUCUUUUAUAGGAGGUUAAUGAGAUGAACAGACAAACAUGAGGGUUGAGUGCAGGGUCCCCCAGGGCAGCCAGGCACGUGUAGUCUCUGUGUGCUGCAGUGCCGGGUGUUGGAGCGGCUGGGGACUGGGUGAGCACCGCAGCGCCAAGGUGCCAGAGCAGGAGCCGCUGCAGCUGCCGGUUUUGAAGCACCUGAGGUGGCUGGCACUCCCAGGUCUGCCGCCAGCUCUUUGCCUCAUGAAAUUGCUGGGAACAUGAAGAGCUUCUGCAUGCAGCUCCUGCCUCGGAUCCUGUUACUGGCUUCCCUUGCCCUUGUGGGAGAGGCUGGCCAGGCUCAGGACCUUGUUCACACCUGGCAAGUAGCAUAAUCUGUUGGCAGUCAGCUGUAAUUUUGGGGUACUAGUGCUAACCCCUUACUGGAAAAUUAAAGAUAUUUAUUAAUUGUACAA